GUGUCUCCAGGAGAUGCCGGGAGGCGGCGGUCGGCUGUAGAGAGUAUCUUGGGCGCGGCAGCAGAAGCAGCAGCAUCAUGGAGCACAUCCGCACCACGAAGGUUGAACAGGUGAAAUUAUUAGACCGAUUCAGCACGAGCAUCAAGUCACAAACAGGAACUCUUUAUCUUACGGCAACUCAUCUGUUAUUUAUUGACUCUAACCAGAAAGAGAUAUGGAUAUUGCACCAUCACAUUGCUGCAGUGGAGAAGCUUGCCUUGACUACUUCAGGCUGCCCCCUGGUGAUCCAAUGCAAGAACUUCAGGACAGUUCACUUCAUUGUUCCCAGAGAAAGAGAUUGUCAUGAUAUCUAUAACUCCCUGCUUCAGCUCUCAAGACCAGCAAGAUACGAUGAACUGUAUGCCUUCUCAUACAAUCCAAAACAAAAGGAGACACAGCGAAUACAAGGCUGGCAGUUCAUUGACCUCACAGCUGAGUACAAUCGGAUGGGCGUGCCAAACUCGGACUGGCAAUUAUCAGAUGCGAAUCGUGAUUAUAAGAUUUGUGAAACAUAUCCCAGAGAACUUUAUGUUCCCAGGAGUGCAAGCAAGCCCAUAAUUGUUGGCAGUUCUAAGUUCCGAAGCAAAGGAAGGUUCCCUGUGCUGUCAUAUUACCAUAAAGAUAAUGAGGCUGCCAUUUGCAGGUGUAGUCAACCUCUUUCAGGAUUCAGCGCCAGAUGUCUGGAGGAUGAACAUAUGUUGCAAGCAAUCAGUAAAGCCAAUCCAACAAAUCACUACAUGUAUGUUGUAGACACCAGGCCUAAACUGAAUGCAAUGGCAAAUAGGGCAGCAGGUAAAGGCUAUGAAAAUGAAGACAACUAUUCUAAUAUUAGAUUCCAGUUUGUUGGCAUUGAAAAUAUCCAUGUAAUGAGAUCCAGUCUUCAGAAACUUUUAGAAGUCUGUGGAACAAGAGGCCUAUCAGUCAAUGACUUUCUUUCUGGUUUGGAGAACUCUGGAUGGCUGCGCCACAUCAAAGCAGUGUUGGAUGCUGCAAUCUUCUUAGCCAAAGCCAUAGCUUUGGAGAGUGCAAGUGUGCUGGUACAUUGCUCUGAUGGCUGGGACCGAACCUCUCAAGUUUGUUCCCUGGGUUCUCUGUUGUUGGAUCCAUUUUAUAGAACAAUUAAAGGAUUCAUGGUUUUGAUAGAGAAAGAUUGGAUUGCUUUUGGACAUAAAUUUUCAGACAGAUGUGGCCAGCUGGAUGGUGAUCCAAAGGAAAUCUCGCCAGUGUUUACCCAGUUUUUAGAAAGCGUCUGGCACCUGACAGAACAGUUUCCACGAGCCUUUGAAUACAAUGAGGCUUUUCUGCUUCAGAUCCAUGAACACAUCCAUUCAUGCCAGUUUGGAAACUUCAUUGGAAACUGCCAAAAAGAACGAGAGGAGCUCAAAUUGAAAGAGAAGACUUACUCACUGUGGCCUUUCCUCCUGGAGGAAUGUGAGAAAUAUGUAAACCCUAUCUACAGUGAGACUUUUUCUCAGUCAUUUGCAGUUCUGGAGCCUGACACCAUAUCCUUUAAUUUUAAGUUUUGGAGAAACAUGUAUCAUCAGUUUGAUCAUACAAUGCAUCCCAGGCAGUCUGUAUUCAGCCAUGUCAUGAGCAUGAAUGAUCAAAAUAAACUUCUAGAGAAAGACAUUAAAGAAUUGGAAGCUAAACUAGAGCACCAUGUAAAAAAAGAGUUGGAUGAUGUCUUCACCAAGGAGCCUUUGCGAUUCAUUCGUCCUGUUUCACCAGUCCUUAAAACAUUGCAGUGUUUUAAGAAGGAGCAACCUCUCUUACAGGAAAAUGACUGUAUUCGGACGAUAGAGGGCUCCAAUGCAGCAGACAAUCGGUACAGCGAGUAUAUGGAAGAGCUCUCCAAGACGGAACCCAGUGUUGUAAGCCUGGAGUAUGGAGUGGCACGAAUGACAUGUUAAAUGUCAUGUUGAGUACUGCUGUUUCUGAAAAGACUGAAGUUCAAGAGAGGGCAUUGUGUGAGGCUUUUCUCCUGGAGCAUGACCAAAAACUCUUUGGUGUAAUGGAGAAUUGCAUGAACGUAGAACUAAAACAGCACACUAGUUAAAGAAAUGCUAUUGUGAGAAGUAAUUGAAUUUAACGUUAUUGAAAGAAAUGUGGAGAACAUAGUAAAUCUUUUGUGGCUUAUAAGAAGUGAGGAAUGGAGCUGCUAUAAUAUAACAAACUAAACUUUGCACUAGGUAACUCAAAAUCUUAUUUAAUGUGUAUAUUGCCAAAUGGUUAAGAUGAUAUCUGAUGAGCUACUUCUCAAACAAUGCAGCCUUCAUAUUGGGACAGUGGGCCAUAAAUGUGUGUGUGUACAGUGUAUGUGUACUCCUAUUUAAUGUGUUGCCUGUUACUAAUUUUGAUGUCUCAACUGCCAUUGAACGUACUGUACGACAAAUGAGGAAAAAGCUACUCUUCCAUUUUUUUUUUCAAUCUGUCCUCUCUUAUUUAAGAGCAGUAUAUUCUGAGAUACCCUGGAGUGUUCACAGAGACUUUCUGAAUUUACUUUGCUUCUCCAGAAUAAUGCAAUGUGAUUUUAAAACAGAAAGAGAUACUUAGUAGAUUCUGGCUGUAGAUAUGUUAGUUUUCACCUGUAAUAAUAGAGUUCUGCUCUCUUUUCUUUAAAUGCCCUUUUAUGAAAAAAAGCCCAAGAAAAUUAGUUGCCUGGAUGAUUAAUGAAUUGAAACUGCACCAUGGGGCUGUAAAUCCUCUGCACAAUUCUUACUUGGCUAGUUGAAAGACAGGUGUUAUGAUGAGACAUAUAACCAAUGCUUAACCAUUAUGUGUGUGUUCCUUUUGGUGAAAACAAAAAUGGUAGUAAGCAAAGCCUAUUUUUUAGACUGGUCAAGCAUUCAAAUGUUUAGCAGAUUUGACAACUGCUCCAGAAAGAGUUUGGGCAUCAAACAAGAAAAAGAAAUAUUCUAUAUUUAUAUAGAAUUGGAUGCACUGCUGGCUGUCCACAGGGAUUGGGUUCAUUUUGCAAAUCUAUUUUUAACAAAAGCAUUUGUGUUUACCCUCCACUCCCAAUCCCAUAUACACACAAACAUUUUUAACCAGUAGAAACACAGUACUAACAAAAUACACAAAGAGGUUCUAUAAAAUACUAAGGGGGCAACCACUCUUGAUUGAGAACUAAGGAAGAAAUAAACAUCACAUUUACAGGCAAGCUGGCUUCAGGUUGUGUAAAACCACUUGCUUUGAAAACUUGUUAAUGCUCACAUCCUAGGGAUUCAGUUUUACCACCUGGGAAUCAAAAUGAUUUCUAGUUAACAAGAUGGUUUGUAUUAGGAAAGUUAUACUUUGCAUCUUAUAUAAAAAAAUCGAAUUUGCCCCCAGUGCCUUCAUUUCUACUUCCCCAGGAAAAAGAAU